AUGAGCAAAAAGAAUGAAGGAGUGGACAUCAAAGUUGUCAUGCUUGGUGACAGUGGUGUAGGAAAGGUAGGGAUUAAUAGUAAAUACAAUAACACUGUAGUAGACCAGUUUGCUGGUCAGGAAAGAUAUGAUUCUUUGAGCUCUUUCUACUGCCGUCACACAAAUGUAGCACUUGUUUGUUAUAGUGUGAUUGAGGAAGGAACCUUUCAAAAUGUUUCUAAAUGGGUGCAUAAAUUGGAAACGAGUGCUCCAGCAGAGGAUUGUUUCAUUAUACUAGUUGGUACUAAAUCUGAUCUUGGAAAAUCUGUAAUAUCUGAAAGACAAGUAGAGGAAUUCACGUCAUCACAUAGAGUUGUAUUCAAACAUUUUGUAACAAGUUCAAAGGAUGGAGUGAAUAUUGAUGUUAUUUUUGACACUAUUGUAGAAGAAUUUGAAAAAAGAAAGGCUAAAAACUCUGAAAUUAAACCAAGUAAUGUUGGACUAGUACCAAUAUCUCAACUUCAAAAUCCUUCAAAUAACACCUCUCCUACAAGUGGGAAGAAAGGGUGUUGUGGAUAA